AUGAAAAACCACACAGUACCCACUGAGUUCAUUCUACUAGGGCUAUCAGAUGACCCAGAGCUUCAGAUUGUGAUUUUUCUCUUUCUGAGUAUCACAUAUGUCCUAAGUAUUACUGGAAAUGUGACUAUCAUCACUCUGACCUUGGUGGACUCUCAUCUACAGACCCCUAUGUAUUUCUUCCUCAGGAACUUCUCCAUAUUAGAAAUUACCUUUACCACUGUCUGUAUCCCUAGAUUUCUGAGCACAAUUAUUACCAAAGACAAGACAAUUUCUUACAAUAAUUGCACAGCUCAGUUGUUUUUCUUCAUCUUCAUGGGUAUAACUGAGUUUUACCUUCUAACAGCCAUGUCCUAUGACCGCUAUGUGGCCAUUUGCAAACCCCUACAUUAUACAACCAUCAUGAACAAGCGAGUCUGCAUACUGCUUGUCUUUUGUGCUUGGCUAGCAGGGUUCCUAAACAUCUUCCCACCAGUCAUUCUUUUCCUCCAGUUAGAUUACUGUGGCUCCAAUGUCAUUGAUCACUUUGCUUGUGACUAUUUCCCCUUAUUGCAGUUAUCCUGCUCAGAUACAUGGCUCCUAGAAAUUAUCGGGUUUUAUUCUGCAAUAGUGAUCCUACUUUUCACUUUAGCAUUAAUAAUUCUUUCCUAUAUGUUCAUCAUUAGGACAAUUUUGAAACUCCCUUCUGCCAGUCAAAGAAAAAAAGCUUUCUCCACCUGUUCCUCUCAUAUGAUUGUCAUCUCUAUCUCUUAUGGAAGCUGCAUAUUCAUGUAUGCCAAUCCCUCUGCAAAAGAAAAGGCCUCACUAACCAAAGGAGUAGCUAUUCUCAACACCUCUGUGGCUCCUAUGAUGAAUCCAUUUAUAUACACCCUGAGGAACCAGCAGGUGAAGCAAGCCUUUAAGGAUACCAUACAAAAGGUUAUGCUUUUCUCUAGUAAAUGUGAAUGA